GAAACAACCACACCAGCCACAACAACUGAGAGCACAACUGUAAAUACAACUGAGACAACUACACCAACCACAACAACAACAACAGAAUCAACAUCAGCCACAACAACUGAGAGCACAACUGUUAGUACAACUGAAACAUCUACACCAGCCACAACAACUGAGAGCACAACUGUUAGUACAACUGAGACAACUAUACCAGCCACAACAACAGAAUCAACAUCAGCCACAACUACUGAGAGCACCACUGUUAGUACAACUGAAACAACUACACCAGCCACAACAACUGAGAGCACAAAUGAAACAACUACACCAGCCAGAACAACUGAGAGCACAACUGUUAGUACAACUGAAACAACCACGCCAGCCACAACAACUGAGAGCACAACUAUUAGUACAACUGAAACAACUACACCAGCCAGAACAACUGAGAGCACAACUGUUAGUACAACUGAAACAACUACACCAACCACAACAACAGAAUCAACCUCAGCCACAACAACUGUUAGUACAACUGAAACAACUACACCAGCCACAACAACUGAGAGGACAACUGUUACUACAACUGAGACAACUACACCAGCACCACCAACAACAACAACAGAAUCUUCAACAUCAACAAAAACUGAGAGCACAACUAGCACAACUGUCAGUACAACUGAAACAACUACACCAGCCACAACAACUGAGAUCACAACUUUUAGUACAACUGAGACAACUACACCUGCCACAACAACUGAGAUCACAACUGUUAGUACAACUGAGACAACUACACCAACCACAACAACAGAACCAACAUCAGCCACAACAACUGAGAGCACAACUGUUAGUACAACUACACCAGCGACAACAACUGAGAGCACAACUGUUAGUACAACUGAAACAACCACACCAGCCACAACAACUGAGAGCACAACUGUUAGUACAACUGAGACAACUACACCAACCACAACAACAGAAUCAACAUCAGCCACAACAAUUGAGAGCACAACUGUUAGUACAACUGAGACAACUACACCAACCACAACAACAGAAUCAACAUCAGCCACAACAACUGAGAGCACAACUGUUAGUACAACUGAGACAACUACACCAACCACAACAACAGAACCAACAUCAGCCACAACAACUCAGAGCACUACUGUUAGUACAACUGAAACUACACCAGACACAACAACUGAGAGCACAACUGUUAGUACAACUGAAACAACUAUACCAACUACAACAACAGAAUCAACAUCAGCCACAACAACUGAGAGCACAACUGUUAGUACAACUGAAACAACCACACUAGCCACAACAACUGAGAGCACAACUCUUAGUACAACUGAAACAACUACACCAGCCACAACAACUGAGACCACAACUGUUAGUACAACCGAGACAACUACACCAGCCACAACAACUGAGAGCACAACUGUUAGUACAACUGAGACAACUACACCAACCACAACAACAACAACAACAACAACAGAAUCAACAUCAGCCACAACAACUGAGAGCACAACUGUUAGUACAACUGAAACAACUACACCAGCCACAACAACUGAGAGCACAACUGUUAGUACAACUGAGACAACUACACCAACCACAACAACAGAAUCAAUAUCAGCCACAACAACUUUGAGCACAACUGUUAGUACAACUGAAACAACUACACCAGCCACAACUGAGAGCACAACUGUUAGUUCAACUGAGACAACUACACCAGCCACAACAACUGAGAGCACAACUGUUAUUACAACUGAAACAACUACACCAACCACAACAACUGAGACCACAACUAUUAGUACAACCGAGACAACCACAACAACUGUGAGCACAACUGUUAAUACAACUGAGACAACUACACCAACCACAACAACAACAACAGAAUCAACAUCAGCCACAACAACUGAGAGCACAACUGUUAGUACAACUGAAACAUCUACACCAGCCACAACAACUGAGAGCACAACUGUUAGUACAACUGAGACAACUAUACCAGCCACAACAACAGAAUCAACAUCAGCCACAACUACUGAGAGCACAACUGCUAGUACAACUGAAACAACUACACCAGCCACAACAACUGAGAGCACAAAUGAAACAACUACACCAGCCAGAACAACUGAGAGCACAACUGUUAGUACAACUGAAAGCACAACUGUUAGUACAACUGAAACAACCACGCCAGCCACAACAACUGAGAGCACAACUAUUAGUACAACUGAAACAACUACACCAGCCAGAACAACUGAGAGCACAACUGUUAGUACAACUGAAACAACUACACCAGCCACAACAACUGAGAGCACAACUGUUAGUACAACUGAAACUACUACACCAGCCACAACAACUGAGACCACAGCUGUUAGUACAACUGAGACAACUACACCAGCCACAGCAACUGAGAGCACAACUGUUAGUACAACUGAAACAACCACACCAGCCACAACAACUGAAAGCACAACUGUUAGUACAACUGAAACAACUACACCAGCCACAACUGAGAGCACAACUGUUAUUACAACUGAAAUAACUACACCAGCCACAACAACUGAGAGCACAACUGAAACAACUACACCAACCACAACAACUGAGACCACAACUGUUAGUACAACUGAAACAACCACACCAGCCACAACAACUGAGAGCACAACUGUUAGUACAACUGAAACAACUACACCAACCACAACAACAGAAUCAACAGAAUCAACAUCAGCCACAACAACUGAGAGCACAACUGUUAGUACAACUACACCAGCCACAACAACAGAGAGAUCAACUGUUAGUACAACUGAAACAACCACACCAGCCACAACAACUGAGAGCACAACUGUAAAUACAACUGAGACAACUACACCAACCACAACAACAACAACAGAAUCAACAUCAGCCACAACAACUGAGAGCACAACUGUUAGUACAACUGAAACAUCUACACCAGCCACAACAACUGAGAGCACAACUGUUAGUACAACUGAGACAACUAUACCAGCCACAACAACAGAAUCAACAUCAGCCACAACUACUGAGAGCACAACUGUUAGUACAACUGAAACAACUACACCAGCCACAACAACUGAGAGCACAAAUGAAACAACUACACCAGCCAGAACAACUGAGAGCACAACUGUUAGUACAACUGAAACAACCACGCCAGCCACAACAACUGAGAGCACAACUAUUAGUACAACUGAAACAACUACACCAGCCAGAACAACUGAGAGCACAACUGUUAGUACAACUGAAACAACUACACCAACCACAACAACAGAAUCAACCUCAGCCACAACAACUGUUAGUACAACUGAAACAACUACACCAGCCACAACAACUGAGAGGACAACUGUUACUACAACUGAGACAACUACACCAGCACCACCAACAACAACAACAGAAUCUUCAACAUCAAACACCAAUAAUAACAGAAUCUGCAACAGCCAUGACAACUGA